CUUCCUCAGGCGAGCAUCAUACGUCCCGUCACCGCGAAACCAUCAUCAUCUCCAGCAAUGUCGAUGUCGCAGAUGCGUGAAAGCUUCGCCGCUCUGUCAUGGUCUAGCCUAUCGCCCUGCAGCACGCCCACACGCUUACCCCGCUUGCGUCGUCGCACUCCGCGGAGCACGCCUCCCCGCAGAUUAUUGCGGUGAAGGGAUAGCGCACUGGCCGGCCCGUGCAUAAAGCCAUCUGGCCGUGCGUUGGUAUCUGCAAGUGCUGUACCUGGUCUCACUGUAUACCUUACGUACGUACGCGUAGGUACAUGUAUGUAAGCUUUCCGCUCCCCCCUUGUGCGGCGCAUCUCCCGCCUCUGCGCAGGUAGGCCUUCCUUUUCGCCUCGCCGCCCUUACAUCCGUGCUCGGCGCAUCACGUUCACGCCGUUCUUCCUGCCCUGCUAGUCCUUCACGUAAUAUGAAGCUCACCGCGCUUUCCGUCCUGCUCGCGUCCGCAAUCACCACCUCGGCCUUCUCUCUGCGCGAUCUCGGUGGACUGGCCCUCGAGCGGCGGCGUCACGACCAUGGCCAUGUCACCACGAGGAAGCCCCGUACGACGUCUACUACCACGUCCACCCCGGUUCCCAACCUCACCGAGCUCAGUGGCGUGGCAGCUGUUGCUCUCGCUGUAGCAGUCCCGGAGUCCUAUACUUCGAAUAAUAUCGUGUCCACAUCACCCGGUGCUGCGUCCAGCCAAAGCACAACCACAGGAUUCGGUACUGACGGCGCUUAUGCUGGACCUGGCUCGGUGGCAUCGGGAGCAGGGGCCGGUAGUGGGUCGAGUCAUCACAUUGCUCUGGCGCUUGCCGCUUCGGCAGCAGCAAUCACCAAUCCUAACGCAACGAAUAUCACUGUCAGCUCCACGUCCUCGGCCAAUUCCACGACGAUCGAGAGCAGCAGAGGCCCGGUGAUAAUGGCCUAUGCUCAGUCGAGCACGACGGUGCAAAGCGCUGAGGGCGAUUACGCCAUGUACUGGGCGUGGGCUUCGGCGGAAGUCGGACCAGACGGUACAUCGACAAACGGAGACUCGGGCGGAUCGCAUCGGGGCCAGGCGAUCGGGGCCGCUUCCCACGGCGAUUCGACCGUCAGCGUGUCUGCUGGAGGGACCAGUGUUACCGUGGGCCUCAGUGACGCAGGGCCGCCCUUCUCCACUCCUACCCCAGCCUCGAUCAGCCCUGACGCGUCCGCUUCCGAUGAUUUGGUCGGGGUUGAAGGCGAAACUACAGGUGCCGUUGGUCUCGCAGCGGGCUCGCCAGGCGGGGAAGUCUAUGGACCCGCGUCUCAGGGAGGUGGCACGCAAGCCUCCGCAGGAGCGUUCGCCAUGCCAGGAAGCGGCUCCACUGGUUUUGCAAACGUAUCUUGAGCUUUCCGGGGGGGUGUCAAGGGAUGUUGUCCAGGCAGCAUCGAUUCUGCGCGAAAGAUUGUUGUUCUGCGCAUCACAAGUGUACUCGAGCCUACCUGCUCGCCAGGUUUCUAUGGCCGAUAUAGUUUAGUUGUAUUCACCUGACAUUCAGA